GCAGCAAAAGAUGCGAAGAAUCGCUUUCCGCCAAGCGUUGCAAAUGCUCUGGCUCGGCACUGCAAACUGGCGUUAUUCCAGUAUCUAGCCGGUGAAGACGAUGAUGCAUCAGCAAAAAACAAACAUCUCAACAAAAUGUUAUCAAGAAGAAAACUGGCCAGAAAUUACUCGGAAUUGUCGCUCCAUACAGCGUGCGCUCGCAGUCCAGGAAGCACAAUGCAUUUGCGGCCGGCUUGCUCAUCAGCUAAAAUUUUUGAUGUGGCGCUGCUUGAAAACAACACGCAGUCGGCAAGUCCCCGGAGUCCCCGAAGUGGUACCCGGAGUCCCCAAAGUGGUGCCCGGAGUCCCCGGAGUGGCAAACGGAGUCCCCGGAGUGGUGCCCGGAGUGGUACCCGGAGUCCCCGGAGUGGUGCCCGGAGUCCCCGGAGUGGUACUCGGAGUCCCCGGAGUGGUACCCGGAGUCCUCGGAGUGGUACCCGGAGUCCGCGGAGUGGUCCCCGGAGUCCCCGGAGUGGGACAAGAUCGCAUCAUGAUGCUGCUGCAACACAUCCGUCACUACCACGGAAAACAGAAAAACUUAUCGAAACACAGCUAGCAGAUACAUCCAUUGUCCGGAAACUGAAAAAACAGGCAAGCAAAGAAACUGGAUCGCACAUUCAUCCAUCCACGCGGAUAACGCUGAGCAAAGAAGAGGAAAGAUGGUCCGAAAAUGAAUCAUCUGGAUCAAGUGAAUCAAUGCCACCUGAAGCUCGAGUAUUUUCCUGCUUCGAUGAACCUUCCUUGCAGGAUUCCCGUCGCAAAAACACUUCAGCCAAGAAAACUCGGCCGCCGGCAACUUCACCAAUUUUCAGUUAG